AUGGCGGUUUAUUCGCUUCCAAAGACCUUCGCUUCAGCCGAGAAAUUGGACCCAAUUAUCGAGCGAUACAAGGGCUUUCGCUUGCUGUCUUUGAAGCAGUCCCCCGAGUCAUUUGGCUCAUCUUAUGAGCGGGAGAUCGCUUUCCCCGAUGAGAUUUGGAUCAAGCGAGUAUGUGGCCCGCUCUCUACAAAUAUAAUUGCUGUUGCCGGAAACUCCGCAGAGAGCGAAGGAAACAAAGACCAGGAAAGAGCCAUGCUCCUCAAAGAAGAAUGGCUUGCUUCCCUCACCCUUUCAGGUCCCUUCGACAAGGAGGCUGCAGUUGCAAUGUUUAAGAACAACAUGUGGAUAGAAUCGCCCUCAAUAAUUAUGGAUGACGAAGUUGAAUUCUAUUUCGGCCUGUAUGGAAUGUAUGUGGCUCCGAAUGCUCGAGGUGCAGGAUUGGGAGUGAGUCUAGUUGAGUACGCUAAGGAGAAGGCGUUGGAGAUAGUUGGUGGUAAAAAGACGAGGCUCGUGCUGGUGGUUGAUUUUGAUAACAUCGGCGCUCGACGGACGUACGAAAAGGGCCAGUUUGUUCUGAACCAUGACUACUGGUUUGAUGAUACGCGUUGCGGAAGAUCACAAAGAACACAGUCAGCAGUCAUGAGGGUGGAUAUCGGAGGUUCUGACAACCCGGGAAAGGAUGCGACCUCAUGA